UAGGCGGUGCAUGUAGUAAAUAUUUCGCGAAAAAAUAGUCCGAUGGUUGCGGAAAGAGGAAGUUUUUAGCUGAAACAGGAAGUUUUGUUGUUGCAAGAAAACAAGUUAUGGACAUCAUGGCGGUCUUAUAUUUUUGUGUUUUGGGAUUUUUAAUGAUGUAUGUGGAUGCCGACUUUGUAAACCUGAUGGAGAUAGACAAAGGGUUUGACGCUGAAACCCAUCAUGAACCUAACAAGUGGCACUCGUUAAAAGACUCACAGUUUCUGUGGUCGCAGUGUAAUAAAACAGCCGUCCCCGUGGUCGUCACGUCCCUACAUAUCAAGCCCGACCCCAUACAGUUCGGCCAUAACAUAUCGUUCUCCGGGCAGAUUGAUGUAUCCGAAGAUGUUGGUACCACCACGACACUUGAGGCUCACCUGACGGUCAUGCUGAAGAUUGACGCCCAGUGGUUCGACGUCUGUGUCUACAAGCCAAAUUAUUGCAAUAUCAACGAUGUUUGUGACUGGAUGAAACGAGUUGUGGGCGACAAAUGUCCACCGAAUUUGAAACCCUUCUGUCAGUGUCCAUUUAAAAAGGGUAAUUACCCUAUCCCAACGCUUACCACGAUGAUUCCCAAUCCACCAAUCACGGUAUCCGGACAGUUUAACAUCACCAUGACACUAAAGGAAUCUCAGAAAGAAAUCGGCUGCCUCAACGUCAAGCUCUGCCUUGGACAAUGCUAGCCAGGUGAAGAGGGACAGUCAUCGAAAUAUCCAUCACAAAUAAAGAAUUUGAUUGUCAGUGAUGAACCAUUUGAUAUAAUCUCAAACUGUGCGAUGUAAGAAUGGUAAAGGAAGCCAUAUGGGAACGUAUAAUGGCUGUAGUUUAACUGUAAUUGACAUCCAUAUAAUGUGUAUCGAAAUGUAUGAUAUUGAAUCUCUUAUGUCUAUUUCAUGUUUAGUUCUCCUGUUAUUACCAUCACCAUGUUUUUUUUAACAUUUUUUUAAUAAAAAACAAACAAACGAA